AUGGUGUGUGUGGCCAAAGUACGUGUCCCUAAGUGGUGUGCGUGCAAAUACCUAUGCCUUAAUCGAGGAGUCUUUAACGUUGACACACAAACACAAUAGCUCGACAAAAAAGGAACAGCCUUUACAAAAAAAACAUCGACCCAAUUCAUACCACACCAGCCUUGAUCUGCAUUCUGCAACCGCCCCACGCACCCAUGUGGUCCUGCCUUUUCUGCUCUACAAUCCCCACCGUCAGAUCCUACGGCUAACCCACGCACACAAUCCCACCUCUUUUUUCAUACACCAGAUCCGAAACCAUCUCUUUCUCUCCCAAUUAUUGCUAAAUAAAUCUUUCUAAAAUGGAGAAUCCCAGAUUUCCAAAUGGAAUCUGGGCUUAAAGUUUUUCUCUUUUAAACUCUUCUUCUUCUUGUUUUUGUUUUUGCUUGGGCUGUGGAGCUGCGGUUGUAUUUGUUUCAGGUCCCAAUUUUAUAGAAGAAGAAGCAAUUGGGUUAUGAGCCACAAAAAUGUCUGAGACUCAUAACCCCGAGUUGCUUGAAGAAAGUCAGCCGGUAAGUUCAUCAGAUUCUAUCCACUCUCUUGAAGCUUCAAAUGGGUCUAUGGAGGUUGAAUCUUCAAAAUCUGCAAUCCAAAAUGAUGUCGGCGAACCAGAUAAUCAGGAGUUUGGGUCCACAAUUGUGGUGGAAAAUCAUAAUGGCAUUUCGGAAGGUGUAGAAGGAAAUAUGCAAGGAGAGGAUAACCUGAAAGUGGGAGAAGAUGUUGGAAAGGAAGAUAUGUUUGUGGAUUGUCCUGACGAGUUGGUUACAAGUGGUGAUGGUAAAGAAGCAAUUGUAGCUGUGGAAUUGGUGGAUAAUAUGGAGGAGCCUUAUUUGCACGAGGAAAAUGGUGUGCGAGAUGAUUAUGUCAUGGAUGAAUUGGAACGGCUCAAGGUUGUGCUUGAUCAGACUGUUUGUGAGAAAGAAAACGCUUCACUUGAAUAUAAGGAAGAAAGAGAGGCUUUUAUUAGAGAGCUUGCUGGACUUAGGCGCCAACUCCAAGCCUUUACCAGUGGAGAGCCUUUGAUUGAUGAAAGUGUUAGUCAAGAGUCUGAGAAUAUGGUCCAGGAGACGGAUACUAGUGUCUCAGUGACUGAGUUGAUGACUGAGUGUACACAAAUUGUUAAAAGUGCUUGUGAAGAACGAUUGCAGACUAAGGCUACAGUAAGUGAGCUUCAGGCUAUUUUAUUGGCAAAGAAUCAAGAGAUUGAAGAGCUUAACGUGAAGGUUAACGAAUUCCCUGUAUCACAUAUUGAGAUGGUUACAGAUAGAUUGCUAUCCUACCUAACUGGGCUAGUUGAUCCACAAGAAGCAUCAGAUGGUUCCAUUGGUGGUAAAUUAGUUUCUAUUGAGAAAGGCACUUAUACAUUGGCUGUGACAUAUAAUAUGCUGCUUUCUGAAAUUGAUCAAUUAAGGCAAUGUUUGUCUGAGACCAGAUCAAGUGCUAGUUUUCAGGACUUCGGGACAAUUUUUACUGCAGCCCGUGAUGAAUUACUUGAACUUAAAAGAAAGGAGUCGGACUUUGCUGAAAAAUUAAGCCAUUUUGAAGAUGAAAAUAGGAAAUUGCUUCAACAACUUGACGAUCAGAGAAUGAUGGCUGAGAGGGUGAAUGCAGAACUUGGUAAAACGAAAUCCGAACUUGAGCAGGAAAAGACUAGAUCCAGUAAUACCAAAGAAAAACUUACUAUGGCUGUGACAAAAGGUAAAGCAUUGGUACAACAAAGGGACUCGCUGAAACAAUCAUUGGCUGAAAAGACAAGAGAGCUUGAGAAAUGCUCAACUAAUUUACAAGAAAAGUCCAGUGCAUUGGAGGCUGCUGAAUUGCAUAUAGAGGAGUUACUUAGAAGUGAAAUUGUGGUCACCUCAUUGCAAGAAACGCUGUUCGAGAAAAAUGCAAUCCUUGAGAAAUUGGAAGAAUUAUUGUCUCAUAAUAGUAUUCCUGAAGAGCUUCUAUCAAUGGAAAUUGUCGAGAGAUGCAAAGGGCUUGUUGACGAGAAUAAUAAAUUGAAGGGUGUUUCCUUAGAAUUCCACAAAGUUAAAGAUGCUUUGUCUUUAAUUCAUCUACCAGAAUCUGUUUCAUCUUCUGAAUUGUCCUCUCAAGUGAAUUGGGUUAGAGAAUUAUUAUACCAGGUCAAUUCUGAAUUAAAUACAAUGCAAGAUGAGUUUUCCGUGACAAAGGAUGCUGCACAAAAUGAAAUUGAUCGCUUAACUGCUUCACUUUCAGCUGAAUUGCAGACAAAUGAUUAUCUUCAGGUGGAGCUGGAUGAUUUGACAUGCAAAUACAAAGAAAUUGUUGAAAAAGAACGUAAAAUGUCCUUAGAGAAGGAUCACUUGGUGAAAAUGCUACAUGAAACCUCAGGACUUACAAUGGAGGAUGGAGUCUCUCAUUCUUCUCUUGAUAUCGUUACGCUUGUAGAGAGAUGCAUUGGGAGGAUAAAAGAACUGAGUAAUGCCUCUUUGGGUUCUUAUGUUGAUGCUGAGCUAUUUGAAAAAGUUGAGAGUUAUUUAUAUAUGACCAAUCAAGAAUUGGUGUUGUCCCAGCUUUUACUAGAUGAAGAUUUGUUGAUGAGAUCGCAGGUUAGAAGUCUCUCUAUUGAGUUGACAAGGGUGUCCGAAGAACUAGUAGCAUUGAAAGAGCAAAAAGAGUCCAUGAAGAAAGAUCUUGAUCGGGCAGAUGAAAAGUCAUCCUUACUGAGGGAGAAGUUAACCAUGGCAGUGAAGAAAGGAAAGGGGCUGGUUCAAGAUCGGGAAAAUUUGAAACAUCAAAUUGAUGAAAAGAACUCAGAAAUUGAAAAGCUGAGGCUUCAAGUCCAGCAGCAACAAUCAGAACUUGCUGAACAAAGAGAUCAGAUCAAUAGAAUGUCUGCUGAUAUAGAGGGCAUCCCAAAGUUAGAGAUGGAUAUUGUUGCUGUAAAGGAACAAAAGGAUCAGCUUGAAAAGUUUCUAUUGGACAGCAAUAACAUGUUGCAAAAAGUAAUUGAAUCUAUUGAUGGCAUUACACUUCCUGCUGAUUCAGUUUUCGAUGAACCUGCACAAAAGGUGAAUUUGCUUGAAGGGUACAUUAGUAAAUGCCUGGAUGACAAGACAAUUGCAGAAAAAGAAUUGGUGAGAGUAGAGGAGGAAGUCAAAAUCCUAGCUAACAAACUCAUAGAAGCAGAGGCAACUAUUAAAACAUUGGAGAACAAUAACAUUUUGCAGAGAAUAAUUGAAUCUAUUGAUGGCAUUGUUCUUCCUGUUGAUUUAGUGUUUGAUGAGCCUGUAGAUAAGGUGAAUUGGCUUUCAGGAUAUAUUAAGGAGUGUCAGGAUAGCAAAACAUCUGUAGAAAGAGAGUUGGUGAAAGUAAAGGAGGAAAUCGCUACCUUGAAUGGCAAGCUCGUAGAAGCAGAAGCUACUAUUAAAUCGUUGGAAGAUACUUUGUCAGUUGCAAAGAAUGAUACUACUCAACUUGCUGAAGAGAAAAGGGAGAUAGAAUUGGCUAAGGACAAUGUUGAACAAGAGUUGCAAAAAGCACACGAGGAAGCUUCUUUGCUCACUAGCAAGUUCACUGAUGUUUUUGAGCGGAAGAAGUCACUAGAAGAGGCAUUAACACUAGCAGAAAAUAACAUACAUGCCUUCGUCAGUGAGAAAGAAAGUGCUGUACUUGGUAGAUUUGUUGCAGAGACAGAACUUGAGCAAGUAAAAGAGGAGGUUGCUGUCCAGACCAACAAACUAACAGAGGCCUACAAGACCGUGAAAUCCCUUGAAGAUGCAUUAUCUCAGGCUCAGACUAAUGUUACUUUACUUAGUGAACAAAAUAAUGAUGCUCAAGUCCAUAUAACUGAUUUGGAAAAUGAAAUGAAGAAGCUGCAAGAGGAAGUUGGGUCCCAGGUCAGCAAGGUAGCAGACGUGGAUGUAGAAAAAGAAUUGGUGAAAGUAAAGGAGGAAAUAGGUACCUUGAAUGACAAGCUUGUAAAAGCAGAAGCUACUAUUAAAUCGUUGGAAGGUACUUUGUCAGUUGCAAAGAAUGAUAUAUCUCAACUUGCUGAAGAAAAAAGGGAGAUAGAAUUGGCUAAGGACAAUGUUGAACAAGAGUUGCAAAAAGCACACGAGGAAGCUUCUUUGCUCACUAGCAAGUUUACUGAUGCCUUUGAGUGUAAGAAGUCACUAGAAGAGGCGUUAGCUCUUGCAGAAAGUAACAUGCAUGCCAUCAUCAGUGAGAAAGAAAGUGUUUUAGUUAGUAGAAGUGAUGCAGAGACAGAACUUGAGCAAGUAAGAGGGGAGGUUGCUGUCCAGACAACCAAGCUAACAGAUGCCCGCAAGACCAUGAAAUCCCUUGAAGAUGCAUUAUCUCAGGCUCAGACUGAUGUUACUUUACUUAGUGAACAAAAUAAUGAUGCUCAAGUCCGUAUAACUGAUUUGGAAAAUGAAAUGAAGAAGCUGCAAGAGGAAGUUAGCUCACAGGCCAGCAAGCUUGCAGAUAUGGAUGUAACCAAAAAGUCAUUGGAAGAGUCAUUGUUGAGGGCAGAAAAUAAAAUCUCCAUACUCGAGGGAGAGAAGGCGAAUGCUGAAGGAGCUAUAUUAGCACUAAAUUCAAAGUUAAAUGCAUGCAUGGAAGAGUUGGCUGGAACUACUGGCAGCAUAGAAAGCAAAUCUGUGGAGCUGUCUGGUUAUCUGCAUGAUGUUCAAGUACUUAUGAAUGAUAAGACGCUGCUGUCUUUAAUUAAAGGGUUUGAGAAGAAAUUUGAUGGCCUUAAAAAUAUGGAUAUCAUUCUUCAACGGAUAAGGGACCAUUUUGGUGGUUUGGGUUUUGAAGUGAUGGAAAACCAUGACAUGGAGGAUUUACAUACGACAAACUCCAUACCAGAUGAUAUUGGGGAUAUGUUUAAUAUUGAAAAGGAUAAUUAUGAGAUCAGUGUUGUAGAUGGUGACCUCGUUUCAUCUUUUAAUAAGAUUACGGAAGGAUUUCAAUUGAGAAACAAAAUUCUUGCUGAAAAAUUUGGACAUUUCUCUUCCUUUCUAGAUGAGUUUAUUGCAGCUUUGUUGGGGAAACUACAGGUAACAAGUGAUGAAGUCAUGGUUGUAUUUGAACACAUUGAGUCUUUAAAACAGAAAGUAAAUGGUUUGGAGAUGCAUAAACAAGAACAAGAUAAUGAAAUUGCUUUGUUAGAAAAUGAUUUGAAAACUUUAUUAUCUGCUUGUACUGAUGCUACAAGUGAACUACAAUUCGAGGUGAGGAACAAUUUAUUGGAGCUUAGCUCUCUUCCUGACGUUGAAAAACUGAGACAUAGUUUCUUCCAAGUGAUUGAAGAAACCGGUGUAGCCUCUGGUCAAAAGGGUCACCAAAACCUUGAAGGCAGCAAGUAUGGUAAAGCAGCAGAGAUGAUGUUGCUUGCUACCAGAAAAGUUCAAGCUCUGUUUAAGCAUUUUGAGAGUACCACUGAAGUUGCAGCCUCUACAAUUGUAGAUUUGCAAAAUGAUUUGAUAGAAGCUCGAAAAUUUUCUGAGAAAGCAAUUGAGGAAAGUGAUCUAAAACAAAAUACAAUUUCCAAGUUGGAGGCAGAUGUUGAAGCUUUUAGAACCUCAUGUAGUGAGCUGAGGCUUAUAGUAGAAGAUUAUCAGGCCAAAGAGGUGGCAUUAAAAGAAAGAGAGGCAAAAGUUUUAUCAUUGCACAAUUCAUUGUCGAAGAAAGAAAAAGAGGCUGGAGACACCCUCUUGUCAGCAUCUCAAGUCAAUACUCUGUACAAAAAGAUUGGAGAGCUUGAGAUUCCUAUGGUAGGGUCCGAAGUAGGAGAUACAGAGCUCCAAAAUUCUUCUCAGUUAGAGAAGCUCUUCUACAUCAUUGAUAAUUUCUCUGACCUGCAACAUCAAUGUAUCUCAAUUUCUAUGGAGAAAGAAAACCUACAGAUGACUGUUGAAACACAGAUGCUCGAGAAUGAGCAGCUGAAGGAGGAAGUUGAAAAACACGCUGCAGAUGAACAAGCGACAGAAAAGAUGAGAUAUGAACUAUCCGAACUUAUGUUUGGUUUGGAGAAAAUUGUUGGUAUCAUAGGAGGUGACAGUUUGAUUAAGGACCAAAAUUCUUCUGUUAUUAAGGGAUCUCUGGUGGCAUUAGAGAAACGGGUUAUGACUUUACUAUCAGAAUAUGAAAGUUCAAAAUCAAAAACCCAGGAUCUUGGUAGCAAGUUGGUGCAAAGCCAAAAGGAUGUUGAUGAAUUAUCAAUGAAGGUUAAGUUACUAGAAGAUUCACUUCAAGGUAGGGAUACUCAGCCAGAGAUUAUCCAGGAAAGGAGCAUAUAUGAAGGAACAUCAAUGCCCACCAAUCCAGAAAUAUCCGAAGUUGAAGAUGUGGGAUCACUUGGAAAGAAAGCAGUAUCAUCUGUUCCAUUGGCAGCCCAUGUACGAACUAUGCGAAAGGGGUCUACUGACCAUCUGGCUCUUGAUAUUGAUGGAGAGACUAAUCGUUUAAUCACCGAUGAAGAAACUGAUGAGGACAAAGGUCAUAUAUUCAAGUCUCUUAAUACCUCUGGUCUUGUGCCAAGACAAGGGAGGUUGAUUGCAGAUCGAGUUGACGGAAUCUGGGUAUCUGGUGGGAGAGUCUUAAUGAGUCGUCCAAGGGCAAGACUUGGUGUUAUUGCCUAUUGUCUCCUUGUGCACAUAUGGCUAUUAGGGACCAUUUUGUAAUUAAAAUGGUCAAGUGUAGCGUAUAGUCAGUCAGAUAGUGCCAUUUUUUUUUUCUUCCUGCAAUUCUUUUCUCAGUAAACUUUUUGUUCAUAUAUGUAAAGUGUAAUUGAUUCUCCACAAUCACAUUUUAAGGUUCCGGAGAAUCCAAGCAAAUGUGUUUACUUAGCAGUGAAUUAUACAUAGCCUCACUCAAAUUGGACUUCUUUUAUGUUAUGGAUUUUAAAUAUAUAUUUUUUUUUCUCUGUUGUAAUAAAAGAAUACCAGCAAUAAUACAUACCAAAUUUGAAGGAUGUA